AUGUCUUCCGCGUCACAUAUCCAGACCGUGUCCAACCGGUCCGGCAAAUCGUCGACCGCACGGGGCCGUCCAGCACCGCCGGAAUUCGCACAAAUGCCGAACAUCAAGGACCUCAGAUACUUUAUCCCAUCAGCCGCCACGGCAGCCAUCUACCUCUAUGCUCAAGGGCCAACAAUAGUAUGCUGUCAUCACGAUACUCUCACUAUCGAUCGGAGGUUCACACGGCACGUUGACGAUGUUCAACUUCUUGCCGUGGACACCCAGAGCGAAAUGGGCGCUGGCCGUUUUGUCGUGAGCUAUGACGCCGGCCAGACCGCCAUUGUCUGGGAUCUGAUGACUGGCGAUGAGAUAUCUCGCUUUGUUUCGUACGAGACGCUUACAGUCGCCUCGUGGAUGCGUAACGGAAACGUUGCGUUUGGAAACACGCAGGGAAACAUUAUCCUUUUUGAACCAACAACAUCCGAGCACAUCUCAGCUCGGACGAUUGACCAAAUUGCAGUAACGGCAUUGGCUCCUUCAUCUGACUGUCGGACCUUUGCUAUCGGCUACCAAAAUGGAUCACUCCUAGUCGCCACUCUGCAGCCUCGCUUCACCAUCUUGCAUAACUUGACGACUUCGAGAGGCCCAUCACCUAUUGUCACCCUUUCCUGGCAUGCGUCGUCCUCGAGGCAAAAGUCAGAUAUGUUGGCUGUACAGACACACGAUGGCGACCUGCGGGUCUGGAGUGUGGCCAAGUCGUACAACGCCGACGACCCCGCCAAGGUGGUCAGAGUGCUCCGGAGGAACGAGAACUUCCUGUCUGGCCCUAAUUGGAUGGGGUGGUCCAAGAACGGCCGUAUCAUCCAGUACUCAGAUUCCGAAACGUUUUCGUGGGACGUAAGGACCAAGCAUGUCACCAAGGACUCCAUUCCCACCCUUGAGCAUGUAAAAGGCCUGGCCGUCUACGGUCCUGGAGCCAGUCUUUUUACCAUUGGACCAAACAAUACUGUGCAGCAGUUUGACCUCAACUCUCCGGCCAUCAUGGUAGCAAACGUACAACACCCCGCUGGUGUUCUCCCACCAUCGCCUCCCACCUCAGAAGAGACGGGGGGCCGAUCAGUGCAUUCCGCAACGACCAUCCAUACCUCAGAGUCCGAGUCUAGCUCUGUCCCUCUUGAGAUGGGCAUCUCUGAAAGCGAUGACGACCACCUAUCCCCUUUCCAGCGACUGGCAAAGCGCAACGCACCUGAAGUAAGAAACGAAAUAUAUGACUCAGGCAGCCAGGCCUCCAGCCACUCAUCCUUGUCAAAGUCUUCGGCAGGCUCCCGCACACCCGGCAGACAGGCUGGCUCACUGAGAUCGCGAGGAAUGACUGAGGGGACAUACAUCUCCGCUGGUUCAUCCUUGAAAACCUCAACAGUUGGACGGCGGGACGUGGACAAUUAUUCGAUGGGCUACACGCUUCCUAGCACGAGUGGUCCGUCGUUGGCCUCGUCCAAAUCAAGACAACAUCGCCCAUCUCGAUUGCGACACGAGGUGCCUAGGAGCCCUGAUGAUGCCAAGGUGCAGGACCUGUUCAAGUACACUCGCUCACGCCUAAGCGAUCUUCCAUACAAACAUCCAAUGCCCGCAAGCCAAACUAAUCCUACCAAUGACGAUCUGCGUCGACAGAUGCUCAGCACCAUCUUCGGAUGGAACAAGGAAGUAGACGACUUGAUUCGCGAUGAGAUGAGUCGUUAUCCCGCAGGAUCGGCAAACCGCAUCUUGCUCGCAAAGUGGUUGGGCGAUAUCGAUUCAGACAUCAUGGCUGCUGGCUCUCAGAAUAUGACGUCUCAAGACUGGAUGCUGCUGGCCUUGAGCGGAAUCGGUGGUCAGGCAUCUCAGCACAAGCUCGGCCGCGUCUACGUCCAACGCCUCUUGGAGAACGGCGAUAUCCAUGUUGCAGUGACAAUUAUGCUUGGCAUGGGUGACUACAAUGAUGCCAUUGAAGUCUACAUCUCGCAUAAGAGAUACAUGGAGGCUCUCAUCCUCACUUGCGUGGCAUUCCCAAGUGUCUGGGAGCGACAAGCUGCCAUUGUGCGUAAAUGGGGCGAGUGGGCUGUUAAGCACGGUCAGCAACAGCUGGCGAUUCGUUGUUUUGCCUGCACCGACCAAGAAUCCUCGGAGCCUUGGACUUCACCAUCAGCUGCUCAGCUCAACUUCCAAAACAUCACACCGAGCAUCCCCGAGAUGUUGAGCCCUCCGCUGUCUCCCCCAGGAGUUCAGAGGGGCCCUCAGCGCAGUGUCGCCAAAGCGUCGGCGCUGAAGCUGAUCACGUCGUUUGGAGACCCAAAUCAAAAGUCCAAGUUUUACUCGCAGGCUGAUGGCGGCCAAACACCUAUCGCGGCCGGAGUAACACCUAUUGCUGAAUCGGCCAUAUCUCCCUCAAACGGCUUUGACCCUGCGACUGCGUUUCUUCGGCCAUCGGGCAAUAGUAGAUUUAAUACGCCAACAUCAGCUCGCCCCGUCCAGGGUUUCAAUCGUGGCCGAUUACCAUCCAUUGGAGAGGCCACUCUUGAUAGGAAUACUCUAAAGCCCAUUGAUAACAUCGCGAAAAUUGUUGACGCACCCCCGCAGCGGGCGAGCCAUUCCCGCAAGUCGUCCGCCACUCAAGACAAUAUGACGACGGGUCUUGCGAUGCAGCGCGCUGCUACAGCCAGCCCCAUGAUGAUGAGAGACCAGUAUCAACGUGUCGUUCAGGGGUACUCGGGAGAGCGGCCACCGUCUCCUGAUCAUACCAUCAUGAGCAGAUUACAGGAAGUCCACUCGACGCAGCGGAACGGCUCCCGUGAUCGGAUUCCCUCGCAUCUGCAUUUGCAGCUGCAGCCUCUGGCUCAACCGACAGACGCCAUGUCCCCUGAUCAGUCUGCCGCCUCAUCUACUCGCUUCCACUGGCCAUCUCGGACACGUCGUGGCACUGGUCCUCCUGUUGCCGGAUCUGUGGCAGGCUCCAUUACAUCCACCUCGAGCGCUGGCCGGAGUCACAAAUCGAACCCCCGGCACAGGGAUGAUUAUAUCCAUAGCCUGGAGGCGGCUCAGAGUUACUCAAGGAGAGCUGGAAGCAGGACGAGGAGCAAAGAGAGGAUGAGAGAUGUGUCUGCCGGUCGCCAUGGCAGCCGGGAGCGGCGAGCCAAGUCGCGCGAUCCUUCAGAAGAGCGCGGUAGAGCUUCAGCCAGAUCUUGGACAAAGGCCAAAAGAUCCCCCACGUCCCCUGUACCAAUGUCACCGGAAGACUUGGCCAUCCUCAGCAAUCAAACUUUUAGCAACAACGUUGAGCCCCUGACGAUUCGGAAAGCAAGCGUAAUAAGGGGUAAGACGGGUGGAAGGAGCCGAUCGGCUCCGCGAUCACCACCCUCGCCAGUGCCAAUGUCGGCGACAGCUCUGCAUUAUCAGGGAUCGGAGGAUGAGGAAGAUUUUAGAGCUGCCAUGCAGGCGCAAGAAGAAUUCAGAGCCAAGCACAGCAGGAGCGUUGGCCACAACAUCAAUUCUCCAGCCGUAAGUCGACGGGAAUACGCGGAAAGCCGACGAAGAGAGCCAACCGAAUCUCGAGAAGCCGCCCCAAUAGACUUGAGCCACACUGUACACAUACGAGCUGCAUCUACCGAGCACGCCGGCGACUUGAAGAAAAUGAAGGAUGAGAGGCAGCGCAAAAAGGAGCAGGCCGCACGAGAGCUAGAAGAGCGUCGAAAGUCUCUUGCAAAGCGACAACUGGGUCCUCAAAUCCCACACCCAAGCGAGAUAUCUCCUGGCUUUCCUCCGAUUCUGGUGGAGGCCGAGGAUGAGACACUCCCGGAUGACCUCCCUCCUCGCUCUGCAACAGAACCUCCGAGGAGCAUGUAUGCGCGAAAUGGACCACACAUCGGCCUUCCUGCUACUCCCAAGGCGAUGAGACUCAUUCUCCGGUCGGACGAUGACCAGUAUGAAGACCUCACCCCUCCACCAGUGCCCGCAACAUUCUCCCAGAAGUAUUCCCCGCAAAGCUCACCAGGGUACUCUCCGCAAUACUACACAGAGAAGAAGAAGGUGGUGCAGAGGGAAGAAGAAGACCUACAGCAACGACAAUAUCAACCACCGCCGCCGCCGCCGCCGCCACCACCACCACCUCAGCAACAGCAGCAGCAGAAGCAACAGGAGGAGGAGCAGCCACUGACACUGCUGCCAUCGACCGUCUAUCAACUGCCGUCAACAACUUAUCAACCUCCAUCUCGACCCAUGAUUCCGCGAAGCAUGUCGGCACCAAUCCCUGAGGAACCCUCUCAUCAAACUCGUUUCGGGAGAAAGGGGAGUGCGAAUGAGGGCAGGGGCCUCGAUGACAUUGUUGAGACAGAAUGGCGCCGGCAAGUGAACAACCUGGUGCCCCCACCACCACCGCCCCCUCCUUCGGCGCCCGCUACUUUCUUGAAGGAGCUGCAACAUCUAGCUAUGCCUCCUCCUCCCCCUCCGCCCCCGCUGCCACACGUACGACGCCAGCCGCCCGUUGCUGGAACGUUGGCCUCGGGUAUGAUUGAGAUUGUCAUGGAUGAAACCGAUACGGAGGAACCCAUGAUGGCCGCUCCAAAUGACGGCAUGGUACCGGUGAUUCCUCCUCCCGAACCGCCUGUCAAGGCCCACAAUCGCGGCCGCAGCCUCGGAGAGGGCAGCCUUUCUGGCCGCAUGACCAAGACGAACGAACGUCUCCGUUCAGGCAGCCGUAGCCGAAAGGAGGGAUCCAUCAGCAUCAAAUCACCCCCGCUUGACAUGUACGGCGAUGGUGGCAAUUCCUUUAGCCAGCUUAGAUCUCCUAUGGCUGGUAUUCCUCCUCCCGUUCUCUAUGAUCGAGACGCCAUUCGAUCGCCAAUCGAGGGGCACGGAAGAAAACUGUCGUCGGCUGGCCUGCACGGUAGUGGCAUGUUCUAA